AUGCCAGCGCUGGCAGUGACGGAGACCAUCAGGCGUGGAUGGUCACAGUCUGCAUACAGAUCAGCAAUCAGCACCUUUGCCAAGACCAGUGACUGGCAAAACGCUGUCUACCUCUUGCAGCAGAUGCACAGGUAUGAAGUGCAGUCGGAUGUUGUCAUGUACAACGCCACCAUCAAUGCCUGCAAGGGAGAAAGAUGGCAAAUAGCUUUGUCGUUGCUGUUCGAGCUGGAGAGGGAAGCCUUGGAGAAAGAUGACAUCAGCUUCAACAGCUCCAUUGGCGCUACAAAGCAUCACUGGCCUUUGGCCAUGUUAUUGUUUGUUGAAGCACAGGAUCAUCGCCAGGCGGACCUCAUCACCCGCAACACGGCCAUCUCUGCCACUCCCUGGCAACUGGCCACCCAACUGUUGGAGGCUGAUCCCAGCGGCGUGCCGGAUGCGAUCAGCUUCAAUACCGCCAUCAGCAGCGAGAAAUGCCAGUGGCAGCAUGCCAUGGCCCUUCUACAAGAAUUCGAGGUGAAAGCUCUUCAACUAGAUGUGAUCAGCUUCAGUGCAGCAAUCAGUGCAUGCGGAGGAGGCCAACAGUGGGAGCUGACAAUCCAACUUCUUCACGAGCUUCAAAAGGGGAUGAAGGCCACCAUCGUGUGCUACAAUGCCGUGAUCGGAGCAUGUGGUUCUGCCUGGCAGAAAGCUCUGGUGCUUUUUGAUCAGACGAAAGGUUUGCAGAGGAGCAUCAUCACUUACAAUUCGACUGCAAGUGCAUGUGUGAAGGGCGAGCAAUGGCAAACAGCAUUGUCGCUCUUGCAUGAACUUCCCAAGUUGAAGAUUCAGCCAAACGUUGUGACGCUGGGCAUCCGGAUCGGUGCCUUUGAAAAGGGCCGGCGAUGGCACCAUGCGCUGUGGAUUCUUUUUCAUGGGCCGCACAAGAACAGCCUGAUCGCACUGAAUUCUGCCAUCACCGCCUGUGAGAAGUGCGAGAAGUGGCAACACGCUUUGAUGCUUCUGAAUGAAUGUUGGCACUUCGGGGUCCAAGCAGAUGUGGUUUCCUUCAGUGCAGCCAUCAGUGCAUGCAGCAGAUGUGAACAAUGGGAGAAGUCCCUGGACCUUUUGCACGACAUGAUGGAGAAGAACAUGCAACUAAAUGUCAUCGCCUACAACGCCGCCUUGGACGCCUGUGCCGGGCGCUGGUUGGAAGCGAUGGAUUUGCUGCGGGACUUGCGGCAGCAAGGAUUAGAGCAAAAUGUGAUCACCUGGGGAUCGAGCAUCACAGCAGUUGGACAGCAGCUGAGCAGAUGA